AUGCAAGCACUCUGGCCCGUGGGAGCCGUCGCGGGGCUUGGUGCCGUGGACUGCGCGUACUUGACCUACUCGAAGGUGACACAGGUGCCCUUGGCCUGUCCGGUGGAAGGAGGAUGCACCGAGGUGCUGAAUUCCAGCUAUGCCUCUAUCGGCCCUCUGCCGUUGUCAGCCUUGGGUCUGGUGGCAUACCUAGCUGUUGCAGCUUUGAGUGUCUCGCGCCAGAACAAGGAACUCGUGUUUUGGCUCUGCCUGACGAUGGCCUUGUCUUCCCUGGGCCUAACCGGUAUUCUUAUCUUCGUCCUACAAGCACCUUGCCCGUACUGCGCAGCCUCUGCUUUCAUUUCGGCCAUGCUCCUCACGCUGGUGGAGACACGGCGGGCCCGCGAUGCUGCGCGGCUGCUCGAGUCGCGGAAGGCCACGAUCGUCCCAACCAACGAGGGCACCGCCGAGGGCUUGGCCGUUGCCGCCGUCGCAGUGGAGAACCUGCCUUCACCCGGCGCCGCGGCCACUGUGGCGCCCCCUGCCGCGGAGCUCGCGGCCCCUGCGGUAACAGCAGCCGAGGAGGAAGAGGCGGAGCCCCGGCGCGCGGUGCUCGGCCUCGCGGGUGUGCUGGCGCUGGGCGCCCUGCGCGGGGGCACCAUGCCCUCCCGACGGCUACAGAACGCUUGGGCAUACUUCACGCUCGUGGAGAAGUACAAGCCGAACCACCCGCCGGUCCUUAGCAAUUCCUCCAAGGCCGAGAUGGCCUUGGCGAGACAUCUGCAGAAGAUCGGGGCCGCCUGCUACUCGACCUGGUGGUGUCCCCAUUGCCAAGAGCAGCGGGAGAGCUUCGGGAAGCAGGCGGUGGAGGUCGCUCCCUUCGUGGAGUGCUCCUCCAGGAAAAGAGAGCAGCUCCCUGUCUGUCGUGAUGCAGACAUCGAGAGCUAUCCCACCUGGAUCAUCAACGGCAAGAAGUAUCUCGGAGGCCGAGACCUGUCCGACCUGGCGGAGAAGAGCGGAUUCACAGAGUACCCGGCCGAGGCCUUCAAGCCGCGGGACGAGAAGCUCCUGGAGUACAUCUGGGGUCCUCCCGAGCCCGAGCCGGAGUUCCCGGAGGGGCCCGACAACGUCUGA